AGUCUCCAUCUUUGUUUUGACGUUUAUCAAUUGCUUUAUUUUUAUUCAUCUUUUUUUUCUUCUUUCUGAUGAAAAAAUUCAUGGUCGCUGAGAAAAAUAUCAAAAACACAUUAAUUGAAACGGUGGUUGCUAGCCAAAUGGUUUUUGUAAAUGAUUUCGAGUGAUUGUUGUGCGAAACGGAAUUGAAUUGUGAAAAUCUCCGCGAUAAAAAAGUGAGAAUAAAUCAAAAAUUAUGGGGAAUGCAGGUAGCAGUGGUAUUCCACGAGAACGUCAUAAGUCGAGUUCAAGUGAUAUGCCCAGUUCGCCUGUGUUGAAAGACGGCCAGGCAUUUGUGUUCGACAAGAAAUCCGAUAAAGCACUCCAUUAUCAGGGCUCAUCGCACGAAGAAGAAGAACCAUAUUAUACAAAACCAGUUGUUACAACAACCGUUGAACCAAUUGUAACAACAUCGACAACAACUAGCUCGGCCGUAACUGAACCAAUACCCAUUGUUACGGAUAAAACGGAUGUGGAUCCAUCGUCAAAAGUCCUGCCAACGGUAUUCAAAUGGGACGGAGGCGGCAAAGAAGUGUUCAUUAGUGGGACAUUUUCCGAUUGGAAGCCACUUCCAAUGGUCAAGAGUCAUGGUGAUUUUGUGACAAUCGUUGAUUUGCCCGAGGGUGAACAUCAGUACAAAUUCUGUGUGGACGGCGAAUGGAGACAUGAUCAGAAAUUGAAAAAUGUCGACAAUGACGUAGGAAGUAAGAACAACUUGGUGUCGGUGAGACAAUCGGACUUUGAAGUGUUUCAAGCUCUGGCAAAGGACAGUGAAGAUUGUGUGAAUAGUGCGCAAAAGGAAUGGGGUCAAGAUAUUCCCGUUGAUAAACCGUGGGGUGCUGGUCCACCGGUUCUGCCGCCGCAUUUACUUCAAGUCAUUUUGAACAAAGAUACACCACUUUCGUGUGAACCAACGCUGUUGCCGGAACCAAAUCACGUGAUGUUGAAUCAUUUGUAUGCGUUGUCAAUUAAGGAUGGCGUUAUGGUGCUUAGUGCCACUCACCGAUAUCGAAAGAAAUACGUCACUACUUUACUCUAUAAACCAAUCUAAGUGCCGCAUCAAAUCAAUCUCUAGAGAAACACACUAUACACACACGAUGAAAAAAAAACCGAAAUGUUUAUCAAAUUGUAUUUAUAUUUUGUUUGUUUGCACCCAAUUUUGUUGUUAAGAAUUUUAUGAACUUGUCCCAAACACGCUAUGCUUUAGCUUUUGGAUUACUUUGUAAAUUAUAUUUCACAUGCAGUAUUCCUGUGCACCAGUUUUGUCGCUACACGUUUCAAAUGACAAAUAAAUAUGUAUAUCAAAACAAAGAGAGAAUUUACGUUGGGACAAAACUGUGCACUCAAAUACUGAUGUAAUUACAAGCAAACGUAAUAAAGUUUUACUGGUAAUUUUAGCGAAUACAAAA